AUGUCGGCGGCCGAGCGGAAACUGCGUGGUCUAAAGAACCGCAAACGCAGUAUCUUCACGUCAUUUGCUUCGAUUAAAUCCUUCGUAUCCAGCUACCAAGCGGACAAGGACAAGUGCGAGGUGCCUGUUCGUUUGGAAAACGUAAUCGCGCUUUGGACGGAAUUCAAUGCUGUUCAGGCGGAAUUGGAGACGCUGGAAGAAGCCGAGGAAGUCUUGGACGCAUACUUGAAGGAGCGCACGGAAUUCGAACGAGCCUAUUAUCGAAUAAAAGGUACGCUACUUUUGUUAAACCAGAAUGAGGCCCAACCUACUACUGCCCGGCCCAUUGAUAACACGAGCAAUGUGUCCCACCUAAAAUUGCCAGACAUUAAAUUGCCAGUUUUUGGAGGCAAUUACGAACACUGGAUGAACUUUCACGAUUUCAACGAACAGUACUCCGUUGCAUGGAAUUUGCUGCUGAGUCACUACCAAAACCCUCGGCGUUUGAAACGGACGUACGUGCAGUCCUUGUUUGAAUUUCCCUGCAUGAAACGUGAAACGGCAGUCGAAUUACAUUCGUUGAUUGACAAAUUCCAAACUAAUGUUAAGAUCCUCAAACAACUGGGGGAAAAUACCGAGCAUUGGGACGUCCUACUGAUACAUCUGCUCAGUACGCGAUUGGAUUCAGUAACGAGGCGUGAUUGGGAAGAAUACGCAGAGACAAACGAUGCUGCGAAAUUCCAGCAAUUAGUCGAGUUUCUUCAACGUCGAGUCAACGUGCUGGAGACGGUUGCCAACAAGCCUUCGGAAACUCCAGCUAACAUCAAGAAACCCAACCCUCCACGUUCAGGAAAUCACGGUGCUAUACAGCAGGGGUCGCGCAAAUGUCCAGCGUGUUCAAGUCAACACUCCCUGUACCAGUGCAGCGAAUUUGCAAAUAUGGCUGUUGACGAGAAGGAGCAAGUAGUUCGACGCAAUCAACUCUGCCGAAAUUGUCUGCGUCGUGGUCACAUGGCGAAAGAAUGUUCAUCGGAGAGCAGCUGCCGCAAGUGCCGAGGACGGCAUCAUACACAGCUGUGUUUCGCGUCAAGAUCUACAGGCAGUAGUCAACCAGCUACAAUCAACCAAUCGGACCAAUCUAGUGCUUCCGGCCAGGCGGGCAGUAGUAGCGGACCGAUGUCAGCCACGCCAGCAGCGCAUACUGGCAUUUCGAGUUGUACAACGCAAGACGGAACCAGGAGCAGGGUACUAUUAGCCACAGCGAUCAUCAUCAUGGUGGACGAUAGUGGCAACGAGCAUCCAGUGCGAGCUUUGUUGGAUUCAGGCAGCGAAUGCUGCUUUGCAUCAGAACGAGUGGUGCAACACAUGAAGGUUCGGCGACAUAAGGUGAAUCUUCCGAUCGCAGGGAUUGGUCAAGCGUCUACCGAAGUCCGCUGCAUGUUCCGCUCGAUAGUGAAGUCUCGGAUAUCCAAGUUUUCCACCACCAUCGACGCCUUCGUUCUUCCCAAGGUCACCGUAGAUCUGCCUUCAAUCUCCGUCGAUGCGUCGAGCUGGUCGCUUCCGACAAGAAUCCAGUUAGCUGAUCCGUCAUUCUAUCAGUCCGGAGUCAUUGAUGUUGUGCUAGGGGCCGAGGUCUUCUUCGAUCUCUUCAAUGUUAAUGGUCGAAUCACUUUAGGCGAAUCUCUUCCGUGUCUGGUUAAUUCGGUUUUCGGUUGGAUUAUCAGCGGCAAAACUUCUGAACAACAUUCAAGAUCUUCCGUAGUCUGCAACGUCGCUACCACUGCCGACAUCCAUCGUGACAUGGAGCGAUUUUGGGCCAUCGAGGACGAUUCAACGGUCGUCCACUCUGCAUCCGAAGCCUACUGCGAGAAAUUCUUCAGCGAAACUACUUGUCGCUGUGAGGAUGGACGGUACAUGGUACGAGUACCGUUCAAGGAAGAUGUUUUGGACAAACUAGGAGACAAUAAACGUACUGCACUUCACCGUUUUCGCCUGAUCGAGGGUCGUUUCGGUCGCGAUCCAGAAUUAGCUGCCGAAUAUCGUAAAUUCAUGGACGAGUACGAAGAGUUGGGACACAUGGAGCGAAUCGAUGAAUCAGAUGUAGCGUCAGGGCCUGCAUACUUCCUUCCACAUCAUCCAAUCAUUCGCGAGGAGAGCAGUACAACCAAGGUGCGUGUCGUCUUCGAUGCUUCUUGCAAGAGCUCCACCGGAAUUUCCCUGAACGACGCUAUGUUAGUGGGUCCAAUUGUUCAAGAAGAUUUGCGGUCCAUAACGAUGCGAUCUCGCCUGCAUCCUAUCAUGAUGAUUGCUGACGUCGCCAAAAUGUACCGGCAAAUGGUUUUGUUUCCCAGAGACUGCCGAUUUCAUUUGAUAUUCUGGCGUCCUUCACUAUCAGAACCGAUCCGCAUCUACAAAUUGAAGACCGUAACCUACGGCACCGCUUCAGCUCCGUAUCUAGCCACUCGAGUACUGAAGAAGCUAGCGGAGGAUGAGAAGGAGAGGUAUCCCCUCGCAGCGAAAGCAACCUGUGAGGAUUUUUAUGUCGACGAUUUCUUUUCGGGCGCACAGACUGUCACCGAAGCAAUCGAACUACGGGAGCAAAUGGAUGCCAUGUUCAACUCAGCUGGAAUGCAACUACGAAAGUGGGCGAGCAAUUACCCUGCAGUACUAGAAGGAGUUCCGGAAUACAACCGUGCCUUGCAGCCUUCGAUGGAUUUCGACAAGGAUCAGGCCAUAAAGACACUGGGUCUACACUGGGAACCCUGUUCUGACCAGUUGAAAUACGUCGUUCCUGAAGCGACAACCAAGUCCUCAACAGUCGUCACGAAACGAAGCGCACUUUCCUGCAUCGCCAAACUGUUUGACCCACUUGGUUUGGUGGGUCCGGUCGUAGUCAUCGCGAAAACCUUCAUGCAAGCAUUGUGGGGAUUGAAAGAUGACAGCGGAAAGCAGUACGAGUGGGACAAGGAACUACCGGAGCAGAUGAAGAAACGUUGGGUCGAAUACUACACCGAACUUCCCCGGCUGAACGCUCUGCGAAUUGAUCGAUUCGUCAUACUCCCAAAUGCUACUUCUGUGGAGCUGCACUUCUUCUCAGACGCCUCUUUAGCUGCAUAUGGAUCGUGUGCCUACAUCAGAUCGUCGAAUGAGUCAGGUGAAGUCAAGGUCGCUCUAUUAACGUCUCGCUCGAAGGUGUCUCCACUCAAACAGCAAAGCAUUCCGCGCCUAGAGCUUUGUGGUGCACUUCUGUCUGCUGAGCUCUACCAGAAGGUCUCCGAAGCACUGCGAAUCACGUCCAAAGCGUACUUCUGGGUAGAUUCAACCACCGUUUUGAGCUGGCUCAAGGCUACACCAUCCACCUGGUCCACUUUUGUCGGAAACCGGGUAUCCAAAAUCCAGCAGAAGACGGAGAACUGCGAGUGGAACCACGUAGUAGGACGAGAAAAUCCCGCGGACAUCAUCUCGAGAGGUCUUCCAGCUGCAGACUUGAUACAGUGUAGACUGUGGUGGGAAGGUCCUCCAUGGUUUCGAGGAGAAAAAGAAUCGUGGAAAGUUCCAGUUGACGCAUGUGUUGACAACGAGGCAGCCAAAGAAGCAAGGAAAUCUUCGUUUGCAGUCGCUUCUUCUUCGCCAUCAUUCGUCGAGGAAUACCAGCUGAAGUCCGUAGCGCUGAAUUAG